AUGGACAACAUCACAGUUCAGUACUGCUUUCCUAGCCUUAACUCAUCUUGCAGAAAGGAGCUCCACACCCCCACCAACCUGCUCAUCCUCUCUCUGGCUGUGGCGGAUCUUCUCAUGGGACUGUUUGUUAUGCCUGUGAAAAUAAUGCAACUUAGUGAUUCUUGUUGGUAUCUUGGCAAAUUGGCAUGCUCUGCUUCAGAAAUAAUCAUUGCCCUCUCAGUUUUAGCAUCUCUCUGUAACCUGGUUUUCAUUGCAGUUGACCGGUUCAUUGCUGUCAGUGACCCUCUACUGUAUUCCAGUAGAAUCACAGUUUGUAAAAUGUCUAUAUUUAUCAUUCUGGUCUGGUCUCUUUGUCUAUUGUAUCUUAUAAUCUUUUUUUACUUUAAUGACCUUCUUCAUCCAUCUCAGCUGUCUGUUAGAUGUGAUGGAGAGUGUGUAGUGUUUCUCAAAUAUUCUUGGUUGAUUGUUGACCUGGUGUUUUUUUUUCUUGCCCCUUGCUCCAUCAUUCUGGUCUUGUACUCAAUCAUUUUUAAUAUCGCAAGACGACAGGCUAAAGCUGUUCGAGUUAUAAUUAAUAUAACCUCACACAAAGUUUCAAGCACUUCUGAAACAAAAGCUACAAAAACACUAGGAAUUGUUGUAUUUGUUUAUCUUGCUUGCUGGAUACCUUAUUAUGUAAGCUCUCUGUCACUUGAAAGUAUCACGACUGUGUCAAUGGGUUGGACUGUGUUUACUUGGAUUUUAUACAUAAACUCCUCUGUGAAUCCUCUAAUUUAUGCCAUAUUCUACCCAUGGUUUCGAGAGUCAACUAAAUACAUAAUAUCAUGUCAAAUAUUUAAACCCUCAUCUUCGAGGUUUAAGUUGCUUCCAGAGCAUUUUUAA